CUUUAGAAAAAAACGUAAGCGUGUUUAUAUGACAUCACUGAUCUUUAAUUAGCUACUCCGGCAGGUUUGAGUCAUGCUGCAAAAAUGUGAGCCAUGCAGUUAUGCUUAAAUUAAACCAAAUUACAGAACAUAGUUUUUUUUAGCCUGUGAUAUUUAAAAAUGUGUUGCAUAAUUGUGCUUGGAGUGAAAAAAAAAAAAUACUUAGUAUGUAUGACAAAUCCAGAAAAACACAAGGCCCUUUGUGAGUAUUUGCACUUUUAUAACACCAUGUCAAUUUAGGCUAAUCUCUCAAUAUAAGCUUUAUUCUCAUAAAUCUGAAUUAGUUCCCCUUGGCAUUUCUUAAAGUCUCCUGCAGCUGAGUGGGGAACUCAGUUCAUGGUGAUGAAAUUUGUAUUUCAGCAACAGACUGUGACUGCAGACAUGACUGGCAUGUUGAAGAAAUUUUACCACAUAGUUGCUUUCAGCUGGUAUAUCUUUGUCAUUCAGUCUGUUUAUGCAAAACGAAACUCAGAUAAACCAGCUGGGAUGUUUGUCUAUGGCGGACCCUGGAAAUACCUCACAUUUUUAAACCUGGUCUUGCAGAUAGUGUUUUUUGGACUGGCAUCUGUGAAUGACCUUCAGCCUGUGGGGAAAGGCUCCAAAACAUCACUUCUCUGCCUCUGCAAGGACUUGCUCUUUUCUGUCUUUGCGUUUCCAGUGGGAAUGGUGAUUCUGAUGUUUUGGCUGAUUUUUGCCUAUGAUCGACAACUGGUCUAUCCAGCUUCAAUGGACAGCCUCUUCCCUCCAUGGAUGAAUCACGCUAUGCACACUCUUGUUCUUCCAAUCGUGUUUGGUGAGAUCCUGGUGGAGCCACAUAUCUAUCCUAAAACAAAGAAUGGUUUGGCUGCUUUGGGAUUUGUUAGUGUUGCUUACUCAGGAUGGGUGGUUUGGGUGUAUCUGACGGUGGGAAUCUGGGUUUACCCUUUACUGGGGAUGUUCAGCAGCUCAGGAUUGACCGUCUUCUUCUUUUAUAACAUGCUUGUGCUGGCGCUGCUGUACUUACUGGGACAAACUUUGAACCGUAAAGUUUGGGGGAAAGAACAUCCAAAAUUAACAAGAACAUGAUGACACAUGAUUCCUGUAAAGGUGUUCUGGUGAACUGGCCUUAUGAAUAUCUGAUAUGAACCAUUCCAAGUGAUUUGAGUGGCGUCAGUGCAGAUGUCUGAUGCUGCUCAUUUAUAAUAAGUACACUUGCAUUAUCAUAGUUUUGUGUGUGUGUGUGUGUAUAUAUAUAUAUAUAUCUGUGACCACUUCUGCUAAUGUAAAUUUGAAACUGCAAUAUGUAUCUGAUGUUAUAGACAUUUCUGGGAACUUGCACUGAUGAUGAACAUUUAUUGAACAAAUUAAAAUUAAAAACUGCAUAAGUGUAAAAUGUAAUAUAUAUUAUAAUAUAAUAAUAUAGUAAUAAUAUAUUUAUUUCAUACUAAAUAUAGUUCAAAUCUAUUAACAUAUACACUGACAUACUGUAUUCAAGACUUACUAAUAUAAAAAUUAUAAUUACAUUUUAUUUGGAGUAGUUGUGCAAAAUGCAAAUUUUUUAAUAUUAAGCCUAAAAUGGGUUUUAAUGUCACUGUUUACGAGGAUUGUAUAAUAUUUGAAUAAUAUCAGUCUUUAAAUGCAAGAUAUUUAAAUGUGCCUAAAGUAUACUUGCAACAGUUCCAAUAUACUUCAGUAUAUCUUUAGUUGGAAUUCAACACUCCUUCCACCCA